ACACGCGGAGACGACGUAGCUGCGACCGGUAGACCAGCAGCAGCCGCUUCGCUCUUGCUUCCCCAGUGCGAGUACUACUAGUACAUAAGCUCGCCGCCGCGGCUGACCGGACGACAGCUCACAGUCGCCCUUCUUCUUCUUCUUCUUCUUCUUGCUUAGCUUCCUUCCUUCUCUUCGUCCUCCCCUGCGCCGCCGCCGCCGCCGCCGCCGCCUACGUUGUCGCCGGGACACACGCCCAAGGACUUGUUUUUGGAUAGAGUAUGUCGUGCUUUGGAUGCUGUGGUGAUGAAGAUACUCAAGGAGCACCAGACAACAGGAAUCCAUACCCAGGAAGCCAUCCAGCAAGGAAUGAUGCAUAUCGCACUGCAGAUCCAACUCCCAGAGGUCCUCAACCUGCGAAAGUGCAACCAAUUGCAGUCCCCACCAUUCCCAUGGAUGAAAUUAGGGAGGUGACUAAGGGUUUUGGUGAUGAAGCUUUGAUUGGUGAGGGCUCCUUUGGCAGAGUAUACUUCGGUGUUCUAAGAAAUGGUAGAAGUGCUGCAGUCAAAAAGUUGGAUUCUAGUAAGCAACCCGACCAAGAAUUGUUGGCACAGGUGUCUAUGGUGUCAAGGCUUAAGCAUGAAAACGUUGUUGAGUUGCUUGGUUACUGUGUUGAUGGGAGCAUCCGUGUCCUUGCGUAUGAAUUUGCAACUAUGGGUUCUCUUCAUGAUAUGCUUCAUGGAAGGAAAGGUGUCAAAGGAGCUCAACCCGGUCCAGUAUUAUCAUGGGCACAGCGGGUGAAGAUAGCUGUUGGUGCAGCGAAAGGCCUAGAGUAUCUUCACGAGAAAGCACAGCCUCAUAUCAUACACAGGGACAUCAAGUCCAGCAAUGUUCUUCUUUUUGACGAUGAUGUAGCUAAAAUAGCUGAUUUUGAUUUGUCAAACCAAGCUCCUGACAUGGCAGCUCGGCUUCACUCAACUAGGGUUCUCGGAACGUUCGGAUAUCAUGCACCUGAGUAUGCAAUGACUGGACAACUUAGCUCUAAGAGUGAUGUGUACAGUUUCGGAGUUGUUCUUCUGGAGCUAUUGACUGGAAGGAAACCUGUCGACCAUACGUUACCGAGGGGGCAGCAGAGCCUUGUCACAUGGGCCACUCCAAGGCUGAGUGAAGAUAAAGUUAGGCAAUGUGUUGACUCAAGACUUGGAGGGGACUAUCCUCCUAAAGCUGUUGCAAAGUUUGCAGCCGUCGCCGCAUUGUGCGUGCAGUAUGAAGCCGAUUUCCGGCCAAACAUGAGCAUUGUCGUCAAGGCGCUCCAGCCCUUGCUGAACGCACGAGCACCCCAUGCUGGUGAACAUGCUGGGCAUUAAGCUGCCCUCCCAACCUUUUGUAUGAUAUAGAUAAGGAAAAUGAGCCAUCAAUUGUUGUUCUUUCGGGGGCGUGGUGUCAGGAGGCAGUGUGUGUACAUUUGUGAUUACUAUUCUUAAGUUGUAACCAUCAAGAUUCAUUAGUACCAAAAAGUAUUUGAUUCUUUUGUAUCGGAUGCAAGACAGGCAUACCUAAUGGUUACUUAGCAUAUAUCUACAUGGUACACUUCAAUCA